CACAUAUUACGUCACAAUGACUUGGUCCCGCCCACACACCAGACUUACAAGGCCCCGCCCACAAACCGUACCUUCACCUACAAGAAGGAGGAGCCAAUUACGCUGUAUCGCCCUAAGCCACUCCACCAAGCUCCGCCCACACACAUAUCACUGCGCCAGGCCCUGGCCCUGCCCACAUAUACAACAAACUGCACAAGCACCCGCCCACAUAUAAACGUCACGCUGACUAGGCUCGGCCCACACACCGUGCCUUCAACAACAAUGAGGAGCCAACUAUGCUGUAUCGACCUAAGCCACUCCCACUGAGUUUGCGUCAUCAUCGGCAUCACCAAGCGACACUUACUGGAAGGCGGAGCCAUCGCUACGACCAAAAUGCGAUUAUUCUGAGGACAACCCCCCUGAGGGGAGGAGUUACAUAGAGCUGCACCACUAACCACACCCACCAGAAAGCGGGUUUACGCACAGGUCAUGUGACGUUCCUGCAUCUCUUCCGCCUCCCCUUACUUCCGGGUUGUUAUGUAUGACCGGUGGAAGAUACAAAGUAUCGGGUCGUACGUAUGGGUGAUACCACUGACCGCAUACCCGGGGGGGAUUCUCUGAUGGACCGGUGACCACCAUUUCUAAUGCUGACGGUUUCCUUUACUUGCCAAGAUGAGUAAAUUCCCAGAAGAUUACCAAUCUGACCUAGAGAGGAGUCUACCAGCCAUCGCCUCCAUCAACUCUUCUCUGAGCCAGAGUCUGUCCCCGCAGUUCUACCUUCACCCAGAGAAGCGCAGGGCCAUCUCAGACGUGCGCCGGACAUUCUGCCUUUUUGUCACGUUUGACCUGCUCUUCAUGUCUCUCUUGUGGAUCAUCGAGCUCAAUACUAAUAAUGGGAUUCGGAAUAAUUUGGAAAAUGAGGUUUUGCGAUACCAGUUCCGCUCCUCGUUCUUUGACAUAUUUCUCCUGGCUGUAUUCCGGUUCUCUGUCCUGCUGCUGGGCUAUGCCAUCCUCCGACUUCGACAUUGGUGGGCUAUAGCUAUCACAACCCUGGUCACCAGCACCUUUCUCAUUGUGAAAGUCAUAAUGUCAGAGCUUCUUUCCAAAGGGGCAUUAGGAUAUCUCCUGCCUAUUAUGUCUUUCGUACUGGCAUGGUUGGAAACAUGGUUCCUGGACUUCAAGGUUUUGACGCAGGAAGCAGAGGAAGAGCGAUGGUAUCUGGCUGCACAGGCCGCUGCGUUCCGUCCUCCUCUCCUGUACCCAGGACCUUCUUCUGAAGGACAAUUUUAUUCCCCCCCAGAGUCUUUCGCAGGGUCAGAUAAUGAAUAUGAUGACGAUGAGGAGGCAGUGGGUCGAAAGGCUGUAACUCCCCAAGAACGAGAGUAUGUGAGGAAAGGAAAAGAAGCCAUGGAGAUUGUAGAGCAGAUCCUGGCCCAGGAAGUCAACUGGAAGUUCGAGAAGAACAAUGAUGUUGGAGACAUUGUGUACACAUUAGACAUACCUUUCCAUGGAAAGACCUUCAUCUUAAAGGCUUUCAUGCAGUGUCCUGCAGAGACGGUUUAUCAGGAGGUCAUCCUGCAACCUGAAAAGAUGGUGUUGUGGAACCGGACAGUGGCUGUUUGUCAGAUCUUACAGCGUGUGGAUGAUAACACCCUUGUGUCAUAUGACGUCUCUGCGGGAGCAGCUGGCGGCGUAGUGUCACCCAGAGAUUUUGUCAAUAUACGACGCAUUGAGAGAAGAAAAGAUCGCUACUUGUCAGCUGGUAUUGCGGGAACACACCCUGCCAGACCUCCCCUCACGAAAUAUGUCCGAGGAGAGAAUGGACCUGGCGGUUUUGUAGUGCUAAAAAGUUCUCGGAACCCUGCCGUCUGCACUUUUGUAUGGAUUCUUAACACUGAUUUGAAGGGCCGUCUCCCCCGGUACCUCAUCCACCAGAGCCUGGCUGUAACCAUGUUCGAAUUCUGCAGCUUCCUUAGGAAGAGAGUCAGUGAAGUUUACAGUGGAUCAUCGUAACUCUUGUUGUCUUAAAUUCCCAGGCUUGGCUCCUAACAUGCUGCUUCCUCCCUGCCAAAACAGUGAACCCCCCCCCCCCCCUUUUUUUUUUUGACUUUUUGGAACAUUUAUGGGGGAAGAACUGUCUCACUCAAGACUUACCAUGUCCUGCCUACUGACAGUGAAACAGGUCUUACCAAUGCAUUUCACAAGAUAUAUGAAGAUAUACGAUGACUGGUGGUGAAGAGUCAUUGUCCGGCUCCUGCGGAUCGGGUCAUAGCCGCCGCGUCUGUUCAUAAAAGUUGCGAUGGAGUUGAUAAGUCUGAGCCACUUUUGAAGUUUCUAUAUAUAUUUUUUUUUUUAACUAAACAGAGUGACUAGCAGGGCUUCCUUUUUGGGAGAAGUGAAGCUGACCCCGUGCUGGGCAUGUAGGGUCAAUAGCUCCCAAAUCCAGUGACUCUCGUGGACUCCAGAGGUCCAGUUUACAAGUGACGGCAUUCAUGUUUAAUGUCUCUAAUUCUGUAGCUGUAAGGAGUAGAGAAGAGGUAGGUGUCCGCCUCAGCAAGUAAGUAGAGGGAUGCACUGAAUCGUACAGACGUCGGAGUGUGCACUGUUAUUUUUAUUAUUUGGGUGCCUUCUCUUCCAGUGGUCGAUGAGGCGAUAACUUUAACCCAUCUUAAUGUUUUCUCACAAAUGUAUAAAUUCUUCAUUUCACGUGGUUUUAUUUUGUAAGGUUUUAUACAGAUGCCAAGCAGUGCCUAUCAGCCCUCGCUUACGUUACAUGGGUCAACCUCAUGCAGCUUCUAUAUCCAGACUGAGAGUUGUAGGUCAAAGACUGCCGGGACGGCCAUAGACAGCAGAUUUUUGUCACAGUGGAUUAGUUCUCUCUUUGGGGAAUUGGGACAAGUUGAAUUAUAAGUUGUUAGUGGUGUCUGGUGACCACUUAAAGGGGUUAUCCAGAAAAAAACUUAUAUAUAAUCAACUGGCUCCAGAAAGUUAAACCGAUUUUUGUAAAUUAUUUCUAUUUAAAAAUCUUAAUCCUUCCAAUAAUGAUCAGCUGCUGAAGUUGAGUUGUUCUUUUCUGUUUGACAACAGUGCUCUCUGCUGACAUCUACUCUGAGCAGUUCCCGAGACAACCAGAGAAGAGGUUUUGCUAUGGGGAUUUGCUUCUACUCUGGACAGUUCCCGAGACAGGUGUCAUCAGAGACAGAAAAGAACAACUCAACUUCAGCAGCUCAUAAGUACUCAAAGGCUUAAGAUUUUUUAAUAGAAGUAAUUUACAAAUCCUUCCAAUAAUUAUCAGCUGCUGAAGUUGAGUUGUUCUUUUCUGUCUAGGUGCUCUCUGAUGACACCUGUCUCGGGAACUGUCCAGAGUAGAAGCAAAUCCCCAUAGCAAACCUCUUCUACUCUGUGCAGUUCCCGAGACAAGCAAAGAUGUCAGCAGAGAGCACUGUUGCCAGACAGAAAAGAACAACUCAACUUCAGCAGCUGAUAAUAAUUGGAAGGAUUAAGAUUUUUUUAAUAGAAGUAAUUUACAAAUCUGUUUUAACUUUCUGGAGCCAGUUGAUAUAAAAAAAUAUUUUUUUUUUUUGCCUGGAACACCCCUUUAACGCCCUAUAUCUACCACUAUUAGUGGUGGGAUAGAUAUCUAUCGAGCCGACAGCUUUCUCAUGUCUAUGGCCAGAUUACAGAGGUUUUGUCAGCUCUCUGGACGGGUCUGGUUUAGUAAACUCUUGCAUUCCUGUAUAUAAUUUCUGGAAAACAUUUUCUGAGAGGAACGACAGAGUUCUGUUGUUCCUCUUGAAAAUAAAUGAAUUUGUUACCAUUCCUUGACCAUCUCUACACCAGUGUCUCCCAACCAGGGUGCCUCCAGCU